AUGACCAGGUCUGAGGGAAGCCUGUUCCAUGUGGCCGGUGGCUCUGAUCUGGGUCUGGAGCAAGUGCUGACCCCUGGCCAGCAGUGGGGCACCCCAUGUCUACCUAGGAAAGCAGAGGUGCCCAGCCAGGCCCAGGGAGAAAGCAGUGGGGCCCCCGGCCGCUCCCCGCGCUGGGGCAUCCGGGGGCAGGAUUGUGCCGCCCUCACUGCCCAGCUGCUGGAGGCAAAGGGCCCUGCUGUCCCCAGGCGGGGCCCAGGGCUCAGGAGCCCUGAGGCAGGCUGGCUGGGCACAUUCCGGGACUGGCUUCCGUGGGCCCUGUCACUGCUGCAGGACCGCCACAUUGUGGGCCAAGGCACCUGCUGCGCCGUGUCCUGGGGAGGCCAGGACCACAUGGACGGGCAGAUCCUGGGCCAGCUACGCCCCCUUGCAGAGCAGGAGGAGGAGGAGGAGGUGGGGGCCAGGGCUGCCCCAUCCGCAAGGCCGGCCUUCCCUGGGAUGGGCUCUGAGGAGCUGCGGCUGGCCUCCUUCUACGACUGGCCACUGACCACUGUGGUGCGGCCUGAGGUGCUGGCUGCCGCAGGCUUCUUCCACACUGGCCAGCAAGACAAAGUGAGGUGCUUCUUCUGCUAUGGGGGUCUGCAGAGCUGGGAGCAAGGGGAUGACCCCUGGACAGAGCAUGCCAAGUGGUUCCCCAGGUGCGAAUUCCUGCUCCAGACAAAGGGACGGGACUUUGUCUGCAGUGUCCAGGAGGCUUGUUGCCACCUGCCCGGCUCCUGGGACCGCCCGGAGGAACCAGAAGACGGGGCCCCUGCCCCCCCCUCAGGUGCCGGGGGCAGCCAGGAGUGGUCCGCAUGGAGCCGGUGCCCAGCGGUGCGGGCCGUGCUGCGCAUGGGCUUUGGGCCGAGCCGCGUGCAACAGCUGCUGCAGCGCAGGUACCGGUGGGCGGUGCCCGCUGGCAUCUCCGCGUCCCAGCUGGUGGCCGACCUGCUCCAGGAAGAGGAGGGGGGCCAGGUGACGGUGGCCAGAGCUCCUGUUCACACGGGCCCUGAGCUGCCCACGCCCAGAAGAGAGGUCCAGUCAGAAGGCGCCAGGGAGCCAGGAGCCCGGGACACAGAAGAGCAGCUGCCGAGUCUGCGGGAGGAGCGGACCUGCAAGGUGUGCUGGGACCGCGCCGUGGGCACCGUCCUUGUGCCGUGCGGCCACCUGGUCUGUGCCGCGUGCGCACCGGCCCUGCAGCUGUGCCCCAUCUGCAGGGCCCCCAUCCGCAGCCGCGUGCGCACCUUCCUGCCCUAG